AUGACAAAGACGAAGCCCAUUGCUCCUAUUGCCAGGUCUACGGGUCUCAACGUUGACACUGUCACUGAAACGGUCAAAUUGGAAGCCUCCCAGCAGGAAUCACGUAAAGCCCUCGGUGCCAAGAAUGCCAUCAGCGAUGUUGUCAAGCAGGUACAGAGCCGGACUUCCACAACCAUCCAAACAUCCACUGCCCAACGAACUGGUACGACUGUUUUUCUCAUCAAGGGCAAAGCAGAGGCUGUAGCCAAUGCACGUCGUAGUUUGCUCAAGGAAUUGGGCAAGAAGGUAACACUCAAGCUCCAAGUUCCCAGCAUGGUCCGUCCAUACAUCAUUGGCUUGAAAGGCCGAACGCUCAAGGCCAUCACCGACAAGACCGGAGCUCGUGUGCAGCUCCCGAAACGCGAAGAUUCACAAACCAACGACAGCGAGGCUGACCCUGAAGAGCUCGUUGAGUUGAUCAUUGAAGGCGACUUUGAUGGUGCGAAUCAAGCCAAGAAGGAAAUUGAAGCUAUUGUGGCUGAACGUACUUCUUCUACCACCGUCAAGAUGAACACCGUCUCGCCUGACUUUUACGCAUUCAUCGCCGCGCGUGCCAAGUCAUGGGAGGGUGAACAGGAUCUCAAAGUCAAGGUCCCUUCCCAAGGCGACGACAAGGGCAUCAUAACUAUUUCUGGAGAAAAGUCGCUGGUUGCAGAGACCAAGACUAAAAUUGAAGAUUUGUGUGAUGAGCUACAGCGAACAACCAUUGCUACUGCAUUGCCCAUCAAGCGUCAGCAACAUGCAGUCAUUCAGCCAGCAGUAGCAGACAUCUUUGAGCAAUGUGGAUGCGUCAUUGUCAUUCCAGCAGCCUCAAAGAACUCUGACCAAAUCACCAUCCGCGGGCCAGCAAACAACUUUGGUCGUGCUGUAGAAUUGGUUAUGAAGCAAGCAAACAGUCUGGCGAUUGAUUCGCUAGAAAUUAGCAAAGCGCAUGCCAAGGCGAGUAAUCAACUGCAGCAUGCCAUCGAUGUUGCCAAGUACUUGCGCAAAUCUGGCAAGUUGACACAGCUUGGAAAAGAUCACGCUGUCAAAAUUAGUGUGCCGACUGGCAAGGAAUUACAAGCCGCUUCCAAAGUGACCAUUGACAUUUCUGGCGAAAGCGAGGGUAAAGUCAAGUCUGCCAGGACUGCAGUGAUUGCGCUUGUCAAUAGUCUUGUCCCUGCAAAAUUCGCGCGGCAUGUGCUUGAGCCUUUGCUUCACAAGCACGUCCAAGGCCCCAAGGCCCGUAACGUUCAAACUUUGCGAAAGCAACACAACGUCGAGGUCAUCUUCCCACAAUCUGACGAUGAUGACGAGAACGUCGUGAUUGUCUAUGAAGGUAAUGAUGUCAAUGCAGUUUCAACAGUGCUGGCAGAUGUGAAGAAGGCGCUUGAAAGCUUGGCUGCGGAAGCAGGCAGUAUCGCCACUGAAGUGAUUGAACUUCCGGCCAAGGAUCAUGCGACAGUGUCUGGCAGGAACGGUACAACUCUGAAUGCCAUCACCGGUGGAUCAGAAGCACAAGUGCGUGUUCUUUUCGGCGAGCCGAGCCAGGAUGCCAUCACCGUCAAGGGUCCUCAAAAAGAAGUUGAGCGCGUUGCCAAGGCGAUCCGCGAAGUUGUGGAAGAGGCCAAGAAUGAGGAAGUGGCGAAUGCGUUCAAGCUCGACUUUGACUACCCUGCUCAAUUCACUCCACAACUCAUUGGUAAAGGUGGUGCCAACAUCUCCAAGAUUCGCGAAGAAUUGGGCGUCAAAAUUGACGUCGGAGAAGAAGGUAAAAUUACGAUCCAGGGCUCUCAGCGUAAUGCUGAAGAGGCCAAGUCGCGCAUCACUAUGCUGGGCGACAGACUCGCAGAUGAGACGUCCUUCACGCUCAAAAUCCCUUCUGCGUUCCAUGGUCAGAUUAUUGGUUCUGGAGGCAAGUUCGUCAAGCGUCUCGAAGACAAGUACCAAGUACAUAUCCUCUUUCCUCGCAGUGACGAUGCUGAGAAUGGCAAAGAUUCAAGUGACAGGCCUGGCAAGAAUGAAGUAUUGGUCAAGGGCGGCAAGAAAGGUGCGACUGCAGCAAAGAAUGAAAUUAUGGAGUUGUACGAGUUUGAGCACGAGCACUCCCACGUUCUGACCUUUGAGGUCCUGCAACGUUCUAUCCCUCAGAUUGUCGGUAAGGGCGGAAAUGCCAUCAAUGAGCUCAAGGACGAGACCAACACGCGGAUCGACAUUGACAAGAAUGAAUCUGAGGGCGGCAAGGUCAAAAUUACCGUUACGGGCAGAAAGGCAUCCUGUGAGGAAGUCAAGGAGGCGCUGCUCAAGAUUGACACUGAGGUCGAAAAUACAGUCACCAAAGUAAUCAAAGUUGACCAAGCGCAUCAUCGCAAUCUCAUUGGCGCAGGUGGCAACAACAUACGAGACCUCGUCGUCAAGGCUGGUGGUCCAGACGACGCAAGUCUGCGUGCACGUAUGGUGCGAUUCCCACGUCCAGAAGAUGCUGCGUCGGACGAGAUUACGUUGAAGGGCCCUCAAAAGGUGAUUGACAAGAUUGCCAAAUUGAUUGAGAAGGCUGUUGGAAGUGCCGAUAGCCAACAUUCUCAAAUUGUUCAAGUACCGAGCGACUCUGUGCGUAUGGUGAUUGGACGUGGUGGAAGCAAGAAGAGUGAGAUUGAGACGAAACACUCUGUCACGAUCGAUAUUCCUCGCGCUGACCCGAACCAGGGCGCUGAAGUGCCCAUCAAGAUCAUUGGUGCUGAGGAAAAUGUCACCAAAGCUGCGGAAGAAAUUAUGCUGCUUGUCAAAGUACCUGAUCAGGAGACUGUUCAAGUGCCUCGGUCUGUGCACCGUCUCGUCGCGGAUGGUGGUGCUUUCAUCCGGCAACUACGAACGCAGUACAAGGUGCAAGUAGAUCAUGCUGGUCAAGCGCUACCCAAGUCCAACGCACCUUCACAGUCUGCCAAAACCAAUGGCACUGCACGUAUUGACGACGCAUCUGAGGAAACAGAUUUUGCAUUCAGCAUUGUUGAAUCAACUAGUGACGAGACUGGUGAGAUUCCUUGGGUGCUGAAGGGUGAGAAAGAGCAAAUUGCCAAGGCGAAGAAGGCACUGGCGAAUGCGGUUCAGCAAGCGAGUAAGCAAACAUGUACUGGCUACCUGACUGUCCCGAGCGCGCAACAUCGUUUCAUUAUUGGGCAGGGUGGUCGGACAAUAAAUGCCAUUCGGGAGGAGACUGGCACCAAAGUGGACGUGCCGAGGAAUCCAGGCGAUGAGGUGAUUGUCAUCAAGGGCAGCCGCCAAGGAGUAGAGCGGGCGCGUGAGCUCAUCAUCGAGGCUGCUACGAAGAAGUAG